AUGAGGGAAGUGGUUUCCCUUCCCCGGUCGAUCCAGGAAGGAUAGGUUUGAUUGGUUUUCCUGUAUUGACAUUUUAUGGGGAGGAAGCGAGGGCUGCGGUAGAGAAAGAGAGAGAGAAUCAUCCUUGAAACAGAAAGGCCCAUGGAAAUGGCCAGCGUGCUUUGUAACAGAGCUAGACUGGUGACGUACCUGCCAGGAUUUUGUUCUUUGGUUAGAAGGGUUGUAACUCCCAAGGCUUUUUCCACAGCAGGAUCUUCGGGCUCAGAUGAGCCUUCUGUUGCUGCUGCACCUCCUGAUAUAUGUCCAAGAACUGUGUGGCCAGAUGAAGUAAUGGGACCUUUUGGUCCGCAGGAUCAGAGAUUCCAGCUACCGGGUAACAUAGGCUUUGACUGUCAUCUAAAUGGCACAGCGUCUCAGAAGACAACGCAAGUCCACAAGAGAUUGCCUGACAUUUUAUUGGAGCCUUUGGCGAGUGAAAGGCAUGAGUUUGUGAUGGCUCAGUACAUCAAUGAGUUUCAGAGUAAUGAUGUUCCUCAUAAACAAGAAGUGAAUAAUGCAAAAGCCUAUUUUGAAGCUGCCAAGGUAGAAUGUGCAAUACAACCAUGCCCAGAACUGUUGCGUAAAGAUUUUGAGUCCAUGUUUCCAGAAGUGACUUCCAGUAAUCUAACGAUACUAACAGUAACUCAAAAAACUGCAAAUGAUAUGACUUCCUGGAGUGAAGAAGUUGAAAGUGAGCAAGAGUCUCUGAGAGAAAAUUUUAUCAGUGGUGCCAAGGAAAUUUGCUAUGCGUUGUCUGCUGAAGGCUAUUGGGCAGAUUUCAUUGACCCAACUUCAGGAUUGGCAUUUUUUGGCCCUUAUACAAACAACACCCUUUUUGAAACCGAUGAACGUUAUCGCCAUUUAGGAUUUUCCAUUGAGGACCUUGGCUGCUGCAAAGUUAUUCGUCAUAAUCUCUGGGGGACACAUGUGGUGGUAGGAAGCAUUUUCACCAACGCUGCACCUGACAGCCCUAUCAUGAAGAAACUGAGUGGAAAUUAAUUGCAUGGCACUGUGCAGUUGUCUUACUCAAGCACUGGUCAAUAAACACUGUUGAGAAAGAGCAAGUGUAAAAUUACACAGAUUUGAAGUUUUAAAAAAAUCUAUUUAUUUUAAGCAGUGGAUUGUGUGUCGUCUCUACACAAUCUGUAAUGGUAGUUCACCUUUUUAAGAGGUGUAUAUAUGUAAUUAUAAGGUAUUUUUCUCCUGUUAUAAAUGAAAUUAAAACUUUGGAACACAAAUCCUUGACAUUCUAAUGCCAUUGCCAUUGGUAUGGCCCUGACCAAACCUGUAAUUUAGGUAAAAUUUGCAAAAUAUUUUAUAAAUUGCAGUUACAACAGUUUUAAUAAAGAUUUCAGUUAAUUGGGAGUUUCUUUAAUUUUGAACAAAACCAGUUUUGAGAGAAGAACAUUCACAGUUGUACAAUUGGCUAUCAUUAAAGAAAAUUAAUCACAAACCUUGAGUUGUACCAAGUCCCAUUUUGUUUUGUUUCUGUUUUCUGUAUUUAUUUGGAGUAUAUAAUUUAUUUCAAGUUGGCAUGUACUACAUACAUUUGAAUGCAGAGUCCUAUUUUAUGAUGAUUAAAAAGCUUACAUAACUGCAGCAUCCAUGAACACACAUACAAGAUGAAUUUUAGAAAUCAUUGUCAGGAGAUUUAUACCAGUAUAAAAUUCUAAAAUCCCUUUUUUGGA